AUGUUUCAAGAAACUGAACCUGUUUGUCGCGUAUGUCAUGCUUUGGCCCAAGGUAUGCAUUUCGGAGUUGAAGCAUGUCGAGCCUGUGCAGCAUUUUUUCGACGAAGUAUAAACCUAAAAAGACGAUACGUUUGUAGGUCUGGCAGUCAUAAAUGUAAACUUUUCAAUGCAAGGAACGUCUGCCGUAAAUGUCGUCUGCAGAAGUGCUUUGAAGUUGGAAUGCUUGAGGAAAGUAUGUUU